GCCUGUUCCGCCGCCUUCUCCCAGGCGCAAAGCCCGGCCCGUGGACAUUGGCCUUAAAGGGGAACCCCAAGCCACUUUUCCUGCUUUCUCUCCUCUCCCUCGCCUGAAAUCUGUACGGUCAAAAUGUUCAGGUGCGGCCUGGCCUGCUGGAGGUGCAGAUGGAUCCUGCCCCUUCUUUUGGGGAUAGCCAUCAUCUUUGGCAUCAUCGCCUUGGCUGGCAAGGGGUGGCUGGAGUCGGCCCAAGCCCCCUACGCGCGUAAAGCCGGGUUGUGGUGGGACUGUAUCAAAAACAAACCCGACGAUGUGGACUGGAUGUGCAGUUCUCUCAUGGACUACAGUUGGGGCAGAGCUUCUGCUGCUACAUAUCUUGUCGGUUUUGUCAUCCUCUGCAUCUGUUUCUGCUUAGCAGUCAUAGCAUUUUCCAUUGAUAUAUUGCGGUUUAAUUUCGUUCGAGGAAUUGGUGGCUUGCUCUUCGUUGUUGCUGCUUUCCAGAUCUUAGGCUUGGUCAUCUACCCAGUGAAAUACACCGAAGAUAUUAUAUUGACGGGAAGCAACAUGUUCAGCUGGGCUUAUGGUUUUGGUUGGGCAAGUACAGUGAUUGUGAUAGGUUGUGCCUUUUUUUUCUGCUGUCUUCCCAAUUGGGAAGAUGAAGUCCUGGGUAACAUAAAACCCUAUAGGCAUGAUGGCAUUUAACCAGUUGGAUGUGGACUUUAUAGAAGAUACUUUUAGGAAAUAAAGCAAUGUUGUUUCUAACAUUUGUUUGUUUGUUUGUUUGAAUAACAGUUUAUUUUUAGACAUUCCUGUUUUCAGACUUAUUUUGUUACAAAAAAGAGAGAGAGAGAGAUUGCAUUCUGAAUUUUGUUAACUAAUAAUAAUAAUUCCUUUCAGGAAUUAAUUGUUUUUGGUAAAGGACAGAAGUUUUGGUGAGGUGAUUUAUUCCAAGAUAAUAUUUUACUGAAUAAACAUAUAAGGUGUUUUUUUUAAAAAAUGUCAAACAAUUUUAAGCUUUUAUUUUUAGUCUGUGGUUCAGAAUCCUUAUCCAAACAUUUAUUAAUAAAAUAAUUGUUUGAAAACGUAGUUAUUUAUACAUUUAGUAUGCAAUCUUCUAAGCAUUAAAUUCUGUUAAUAUUAUUUUAUUCCCUGAGUCCCCUCAGGGAAAAGGGCGGCCUACAAAUGCUAAUAAAAUCUCUAAAAAAAAAUUUUUACUGGCAUUUCUGUUAUAGUAAUGCUUCAUGGCUUACUUGAUACUAAAUGAAUUAACACUAUAGAAUUCUAUAUGUGCAGGUUUAUCAUGUUAAAGAAUUUAUGUGACAGCUUCCCUGUUCCCCAUUAUUGGAUGCUUCUAGACAAGGUUAGGUCUGCUCUAUUCAGAUAAUUAGUAUAGAGUAGUUAGCUAUUUUGUGUUUUUUCUGAUCCUCUGCUCUCAUUAAAGAAAUCUCUUGAGAUAUUUCAUUAAUUGGUAGUAAUGCCCACAAUCUUCCAUCUGAAUUUACCUACAUACUUCUUAACAUUUAUAUAUUGAAUAUGUCUCAUAGAUUAGGGAGAAGGUAAAACUUUAGAGUUAUACUUUUCAUUUUCCUUUCUUCUUCUCAAUAUCUGACAAUUUUAUUCUCAGCAUAUAGAGUUAAAGCAAAAACACAACAACCCCCAAAACCAAAUAACUAUUAGAUGGCAAACCUAUUAGGCAAAAAAAACCCAAAGCUGGUUUAUUGGAUAGUUGCAGUUAGAAAGUGCUUUUCUGCUGCCAAUUUUCUCAUCCCAUUUUAUCAUGACUACACCCCAUAUGCGUAUUUUUAAUUCAAAUGGCACUGAAUCAAAGAUGAAUCAAAGUUAGCGCCAUGUAUGGUUGCUUUUUCAAGGUUCUGCAGGAUUAGUUACUUGGUAGUGGAAUAAUAAUAUAGACUUGCCUUUCCAAAUUUAACCAUAUAUACAACGUAGCUCACAGAUAGGCAUUGUGAUGUCUGUGGGUGCAGAGAACAACUUAGGACAACUCCAGUGGGGCUGGUCAGGCUUCUGCAGCAUUAGACUUUAUUUUUUUAACUAAAAUAUAUGGAAUGCUUGUAUGUUGUAAAACAAAAUGCCAGUCGGUGACAUAUUUAUUUACAAGAAUACCUAUGGAUCUCUACCUAUGGACCCCAGAGGGUUCCAAAAUAAAAGUGGUACUUGGGUGUAAGUUUAGCAAGAAAAAGACAAUGAAAAAUCGCAGCGGUACAAAGUAUUGAUAAAAUGGGUUAGGGAAUUAUGUAGAAUAAUCAUGUCACAUUCUUUUAAAAGAACCUCUGUGAGUUGCUGCCUGGUUGUCAACACACACUGUGGUAGCCAUUGUGUAAACAGAUAUGCCUUUGGCAGUCAGAAUGUCCAUAUUCCUCCAGUACACAUUCAGAAUCCCAACACUAUGGAUGUUUAGUCAGCAACAGGACAGAGACUUCAGUCAUUCUUAAUCUUAAAUAAACAUAGAGAAGAUUGCAGAGAAUUGAAUAUCAUUUAUCUCAGUAGGAAAAUUAAAUAAACUACCAAAAAUAUUGGAUGGAAUCUGGGAUUGGAAUAUGUGAAAACUUUUAAUUUACAUUAAGAUAUUUUAAUAUCAUUAAAUCCAUUGCUAACCUGACAGACGUCUGAAUGUAUGUUACUAAAAAAAAAGAUUAUAUACUAUAUAUUUUGAAUCUUUUGGUAGAAGCUUAUUUUGUAUUUGGGAAAUAUUGUAUAUUCUAAUGUAUAAUUUCAGAUAUGACUCUUUUUGUAUGUUUACAAUUAUUCACAAAGGUUAUCUGCCCACUACUGCAUGAAUUAAUUAAUAAAAGUUGCUUAAGUUACAGAAGAAA